CCAAAGCGCCAAAAGCACCCCAAGUAGCAGCAGACACCCUCCUCCUCUCAAAAUCUCAGCUCCCUUCUAUCGCCUAAUGGAGGGUUUAGCUUCCAUCAGGUCCGUCCCUUCCUUCACUUGCAGACCCAACCGCUCCAUCUCCGGCGCUACACCCGUCUCGCUCUCUCUUCCUUCUUACUCCGUUGUUCGCGCCCAGCAGGUUGCAAUGGCUAGCGAAUCGGAGCCGGUGAAAGAUGAGCUGAAAAUUAAGGAGUGGGAGGUGGGGAUGUUCCACAACGAAGUGGCUGCGGCGCAGGGUAUCAAGAUCAGGAGGAGGCCGCCGACUGGGCCGCCUAAGCACUAUGUUGGGCCUUUCGAGUUUCGACUGGAGAAUGAGGGCAACACUCCCAGGAAUAUCUUGGAGGAGAUCAUAUGGCACAAGGACCAAGAAGUCGCCAGGUGGAGAGAGAAGAAGCCUCUGCAUAGGUUGUUGAAAGACCUUGAGAAGGCUCCUCCUGUUAGGGAUUUCGUUGGAGCGCUCAGGGCGGCCCAUGAAAGAACUGGAGUGCCGGGUUUGAUAGCUGAAGUGAAGAAGGCUUCUCCGAGUAGAGGAGUUUUGAGGGAAGAUUUUGAUCCGGUUGAAAUUGCCCAAGCUUAUGAAAGUGGGGGAGCUGCUUGUCUUAGUGUUUUGGCAGAUGAGAAGUAUUUUCAGGGAAGUUAUGAAAAUAUGGUAGCUAUAAGAAAUGCUGGAGUUCAGUGUCCUCUGUUGUGCAAAGAAUUUAUUGUUGACGCUUGGCAAAUCUACUAUGCUCGAGCUAAAGGGGCAGAUGCUAUUCUUUUGAUUGCUGCUGUUUUGCCGGACCUUGAUAUCGGUUACAUGACUAAGAUAUGCAAGAAGCUUAAGAUGGCUACCCUUGUUGAGGUGCAUGAUGAGAAAGAAAUGGACCGAGUUCUUGGAAUCGAGGGGAUUGAGUUAAUUGGCAUUAACAACCGCAAUCUUGAAACAUUUGAGGUUGAUACUAGUAACACAAAGAAGCUUCUUGAAGGAAAGCAUGGUGAAGUGAUCCGUGAGAGAGGAAUAAUUGUGGUAGGAGAAUCCGGGCUGUUUACUCCUGAUGACAUUGCCUAUGUGCAAGAAGCUGGUGUUAAAGCGGUUUUGGUUGGAGAGUCCAUUGUGAAACAGAGUGACCCAAAGAAAGGAAUAGCUCAACUUUUUGGUAGAGAUAUUUCUGUGUGAGAUAUGAAUGAGACAGAUUAGGGAGAUACACAGCCUUGUUCAAUGGCUUAAAGCCUCAAAGACUGAAGUUUGACCUGAAAACAGGUUAAACUGCAAAUAUUUCAUGUAACUUUGUCUUGUCCUCAAUGAAGAGAUGGUCGAAUAAUUUGUCUGC